AAAUUAUCAUGAACCGGGCCACCAUAUAUAAACCCACCACCACCAUCAAACAACUAAUCCACCAAACCUACAGUGGCAAUGGAUGGCCGGAGAAAGAAUAUCAUCACCGCCAGUGGUGGUUCUAAUUUCCAAAUGCCACUUCAUUACCCGAGGUACACAAAGGAGGAGUACAAGGAGCUUCCGGAGUGGAUGCUGGACCGAUUACUUGCUCAAUACGGUCUCUCUGCCAGUGGCCACCGUGAUUUAGAGUCCAAGAGAGAGUUUGCAAUGGGGGCCUUCCUUUGGCCACCACAACACCAACCACCGCAGUCUACUAAUUACCAUGCCCACCGCCUCAACGGAAAGAUUUGCUCUGGCUCCCCGGCUGUUUGGUCCUUCCUGCGCAAGAAGAAAGUCUGAAUAACAACUUCUUGGAAUCUUUUAGGAAUAAUAUCAAAAGGGCAUAAAAGUUAAUUUCAAUUUCGUAAGACAAAAAUAAAUAGACCCUCCUCUCUUUAUCUGUCUA